GGGGCGGGGCGGGGCGGGGAGCGCAGCGGGCGCCGGAAGAUGGCGGCAGCGGCGGCGGCGGCGACGGCCGAGCAGCAAAGUUCCAAUGGUCCUGUGAAGAAGUCCAUGCGUGAGAAGGCUGUUGAGAGGAGGAAUGUUAAUAAAGAACACAACAGUAACUUUAAAGCCGGAUAUAUUCCAAUUGAUGAAGAUCGUCUCCAUAAAACGGGCUUGAGAGGAAGAAAGGGCAAUUUAGCCAUCUGUGUGAUUAUCCUCUUAUUUAUCCUGGCUGUCAUCAAUUUAAUUAUAACCCUUGUUAUCUGGGCUGUGAUCCGCAUUGGACCAAAUGGCUGUGACAGCAUGGAAUUUCAUGAGAGUGGCCUGCUUCGGUUUAAGCAAGUGUCUGACAUGGGCGUCAUACACCCUCUUUAUAAGAGCACCGUAGGAGGAAGGCGAAAUGAAAAUUUGGUAAUCACUGGCAACAACCAGCCUAUUGUUUUUCAGCAAGGGACAACAAAACUCAGUGUAGAAAAGAACAAAACCUCUAUUACAAGUGACAUUGGUAUGCAGUUUUUUGAUCCAAGAACUCAAAAUAUCUUGUUCAGCACAGACUAUGAAACUCAUGAGUUUCAUUUGCCAAGGGGAGUGAAAAGUUUGAAUGUUCAGAAAGCGUCUACGGAAAGGAUUACCAGCAAUGCUACCAGUGAUUUAAACAUAAAAGUUGAUGGGCGUGCUAUUGUACGUGGAAAUGAAGGAGUAUUCAUCAUGGGCAAAACCAUUGAAUUUCACAUGGGUGGUAAUAUGGAGUUAAAGGCUGAAAACAGUAUCAUCCUGAAUGGGACUGUGAUGGUCAGCCCAACCCGCCUGCCCAGUUCCUCCAGUGGAGACCAGCUGGGUCCUGUGGACUGGGUGCGCUACAAGCUCUGCAUGUGUGCUGAUGGGACUCUCUUCAGAGUGCAAGUAACCAGCCAGAAUAUGGGCUGUCAGGUCUCCGACAACCCCUGUGGAAACACUCACUAGAGGAACCCCAGAGGUCAUCAACAAGCUCGUGUCAUGACCUUUUUUAAGAGUGUGCAUGUAAAUCAUUGAUUUUACAGAGUUCGUGCUAACUCAUUGUAAUGAUUUUAACUGCAGAGCACUACUGUAUCUGUUAAUGUAGUCUCUGUAUUUAAAAUGUUCCCAGAGAGCCUAAGUUCUAACACAUUCUAACACCGACCUUCAAGUUACUAUUCUCUAAAAUAAUUGUAAGAAGUAAAUAACAUCAAAAUUAAUCUUUAAAGAAGUUUUUAAAAAUCCAUUAUCCCUUUUCUAGGAUAAAAGCUGAAGCCACUAUUUAGCACAUUAACUGCCAUGUGAGUUGUAUUUAACUCAUGCUAGCUUUGAGCCCCAGGCCUCAUGAAGCAUAUAUAACUCAUACAUCUCUUUACCUUGGGUUGCCUGUGUGCUGUGAAACCUCUACUCAUUGUCUCUCUGUCAACCCGCACGUCCCCCCACCUCCUGUGGCCCUGCUCCAACCAUCCGCCCAAGGGCACCAGGCGUGCCAGGCUGUUCUCUGAUUGCCAUAACUUCUGACUGCGCGUUUCCCCUGGAUGUUUGCCUGGCAGGUCUUUGAACAAAAUCAGUAUGAUAGUAUGCAGGGACAUGACACUGUUGCACAUACUUAGGGAGUGCGAUUCAGAGGUCAUCAUCUAGCAUCACCCAAUGUCCACUCCAGACACAACUAAAUAACUUGUGGAAUUCAGUUAGCACGUCAUGAGUCGCAUACAGCUCACCUAGCGUGCAGUGUAAAAAUUGAUUCUAGUACCAUGCAACUUGCAUAGAACCCAUGCACAGAAAAUAAUAAAAAAUAACAAAUUUUUCAUGAAAUGAGAAAGGAUCAUUGUUCUAUUUUUGUAAUAAAACACCAUGGCCCCAAGGAACAGUUUUUCCUACGCAGCAGGCAGUGUGUUAAGCUCACUAUUACUAAGCUUUUGGUGAUUCUAAUGGGGAUCGUCCCACUUAAGAAGGUCACCGGGUUACACCAUCAAUGCUUCAUGCUACCUUUUAGCUCCUAAAAGUAAAGAUGCAAGAUUUCUAAUGCAUUAACUGUGAGCCAUAUUUUCACAUGAAACCACAGAUGAGGUCAAAACGAUGGUUUCUUAGUUUUGCACUAGGAAGAAAAUAUUCUGUAAUAGAAAGUUAACUUGGAAUGAUGCUACAUGUUAAGUUUCACAAUAUGGCAGAAAGUAAAACACGAUCUCAGCUCUAACUUUUAAAUAAUAAUGAUAGCUGUUACUUAUUGAGCAUCUGAUACACAUUGCCAUUGUCCUAGGUGUCACCCUACUAGUAUCCCUAAUUCUCACCACACCUCUGUUAGGAGGUGCUCUUAUUCCAGUUUUACCCACUAGCAAACCAAGGACCAGAAAAGUUGAGAAGCCUGCCCAAUAUCACAUAGUAAAUAGUAGGGCUGUAAUUGGAAUUCACAUUUGACUGAAACCUAGAAUGAAUUCAUGAUACGUAUUCCAAAUGCCAUGUGCUUUUCCUUACCUGCACUGACUUUUAAAUUAUUUAAAACUCUGGAAAGAUAAACAAAGUUUAGUUUAAAUUUACCUAAGAUGAUAAGGAUUAAACAGAACAGGAUGCCUACUCUAGUUAAAAGAAAAAUAAAUCUAAUGUCAGGCCAAAAAAUGACAUAUUACUCUCAGAUUCUAAACUAUCUUAAGCCAAUUCCAAAAUACUAGAGAGGUGACAUUGAGCUACUUGUGAGUUACCCCAGUUUCCUAAUAUAUGGGCCUUGGCACACUGGGACACCCAGUGGUCAACAGGGGUGCCAAGAUAUUUACACCCCCAGCCCUCAGGCUGCACAGUGUAAAGUGGGGAGGGCAAAGGCCCAGACAGCUGGAGUCCGGGAAUGGCCUGCUGGGUUGGCAGCGUUAGCCACACAAAUGUCACCCUUUUCACGUGUGCUGUGCCUGAAAGAUGAGUCCGGAGGCAUCGGAAUGGAGAGUGGAGGGGAUACUAGCAAUUUUUAAGGAAGGGUAAGAAUUUAUCUCUGCUCCUAGUAAUAAUGCCCCAUUAUGAUUAUUUACACCCCUCAAGCCAGUUGGUUUUUCACAUAUAUAUUUGAUGUGAAAGACACAGGGACCCCAAAGUAGUUUCUGUGAAAUAGGCCAUAGAGAUGUAUCCCGAGCCCCACCCUGCAUUCAAGUGUGACAGCAGUCAGGGUCACUUUGAACUGUGUGGAUAAGACAAACAAUACAAAAAAACAAUUUGUAUUCAAUAUUGUACAGUUCCCUCUGAGAGAAAAACCAAGUAUAAGAGACCAUGAAGUUUUUAAAUUCUACUGAGAGAGCAUUUUCUUGCUACCUAACAUUACUGCAGGUUAUGAAUGAAAAAAGAGCAAGUGAGGUUUAUGCCUUUGGAGUGUUACUAGUUGUAGUGACUUCUGAACCCUUUUGGAUGUAUACAACAUCACUUAAUAUAUGAAUGGUGUCCAGGAAGAAAUUCCUGGAAUUCUCAUUCAAAUGCUAGGUAUGUUGUUAAAUCAUGUGUUCUUUACUUGCUACUCUAUCUAGAUUUGUUUUGAAAGUCUCUUUAAAUAAAUAUUUUUUACAAAAACCACAGAA